GAAGUAUAACUAUCUCAGUUGGUGGUAAGACAAAGACUCACUAUGUUAAUCUAGACUUGCAAACAGGAAAUGACUAUGACUUCUCUGUGCUCCAGAAACACUAGUUGAAGAGCAUUGUGGUUAUCAACCAGUUUGAGACUUUCCUUCUGUAUGAACAGUACGUGUGAUGGCCCAGACAAAAGACCCGAACUUUGGGCAGUCAACAGGCUCUGCCCUUCAGAAACUGGACACGUUAGCUAGCCGAUUUUUUCACAAAUAUCGGAAAGGGAACCAGGAGAAAGGACUAGAGAAUGAGGGGCCACAUGUGUCAGAGUACACUGGCCUUUGGGAUGCAGCAAUGAAAGAAUACUUGGCAGAAGCCAAAGAAGAUUUUUUGAAAAAAUGGGAGUGUCCGCCACAGAGCACAUCAUGUCUGGAUGACUUUGACAGGCUGAAAACUCUUGGGACUGGAUCUUUUGGAAGAGUCAUGCUAGUCAAGCACAGACAGUCGGCACAAUACUAUGCUAUGAAGAUUCUGGACAAGGAAAAAGUGGUGAAGCUCAAACAGGUAGAACACACAUUAAACGAGAAGAAAAUAUUACAAGCAGUGUCCUUUCCUUUCCUUGUGAAGCUGGAAUGCGCUUUUAAGGAUAAUUCAAAUUUAUACAUGGUCAUGGAAUAUAUCCAAGGCGGUGAGAUGUUUUCACAUCUGAGACGGAUUGGAAGAUUCAGUGAGCAGAAUGCACGUUUCUAUGCUGCUCAGAUUGUUCUGACGUUCGAGUAUCUUCAUACUCUAGACCUCAUCUACAGGGACCUAAAACCUGAAAACUUGCUCAUUGAUCAUCAGGGAUACAUCCAGGUAACAGACUUUGGCUUUGCCAAACGAGUCAAAGGCAGAACUUGGACAUUGUGCGGUACACCAGAGUACCUGGCACCAGAGAUCAUUCUCAGCAAGGGCUACAACAAAGCUGUUGACUGGUGGGCGAUGGGUGUUCUGAUCUAUGAAAUGGCUGCUGGAUAUCCACCUUUCUUCGCUGAUCAACCAAUUCAGAUCUAUGAGAAGAUCGUAUCUGGCAAGGUACGAUUCCCCUCUCACUUCAGUUCAGACCUGAAGGAUCUUCUGCGCAAUCUGCUGCAGGUGGACCUCACAAAGCGCUUUGGCAAUUUGAAAAAUGGAGUCAGUGACAUCAAAAACCACAGAUGGUUUGCUACGACAGACUGGAUUGCAAUCUAUGAGAAGAAGGUUGGCGCUCCCAUCAUACCGAAGUGCAGAGGGCCCGGAGACACAAGUAACUUUGAUGAUUAUGACGAGGAAGACAUACGGGUGUCUGUCACAGAGAAAUGUAUAAAGGAGUUCUUGGAGUUCUAGGGCAUCUGUAAAAGCUUUAGUAGGAGUUCCUGGGUCUUGUUCUGGUCUUCUUUUCUUUUUUUUUUUUUUUUUUUUAAACAUUUAUGAUUAAAUUUAAUAUUUUUACUUGAAUAUGUUAAUUAAUUUAUAAAAUGAAUAAAGACUAUUUUUUAGAGUUUCUUUUUCUUUUUCUUUUUUUUUUUUACCCACUUUAUGGAAUACUUCUCCAUUUCCCCCCUGUCUGUUACACAUUAAAGAAAAGUAUAAAGAAAAGUUCAGUAUUAUGUGAUAUGUGAAAAAAGCAGAAAGUUUUCUGUGAUGGGUAGGUUUAGGGAUAGUGUGUGUGUGUGUGUGUGUGUGUGUGUGUGUGUGUGUGUGUGUGUGUGUGUGUGUGUGUGAUAUCUGUAGAAUGUAUAUGCUGAAGAAAGCCUGUGGCUGUUCAGAAAUAUGAAAAGGUAAAUAAAGUACAAUGUAAAAUGUAUACAGCUCAAUCAUGUAUGAUCCUGAUAUUGCAUCUGAAGUCUUAAACUGCUCUGAAAUUGUGACAAAAAAAAAAAAACUUCAAAUUUGUUCACCUUUACAGUAAUUUUUUUUCUUUUAUGGACCAUGUGAAUAGAUUAAUUUUAAGAGAAAUUUUAUAUAUGCUGUAAAGAUCAUGCUGUACAAUUUUGGGACCAAUUAUUUUGACAUUGAAUAAAAGAAAAUUAUUUACUUUGUCU